AUGUGGGGGCAUUUACGAAUAUGGAGGGUGGUUGGAGUGGUGCUGUUGGCGACUAUAGUGGGAGGGAGCGAGUUUCCGGAGAGGGAGUGCUGCGAUCCUGUGUACCCUCCAAAUACAGCGACUACAGCCGCUGUGCCGGUUACUCCUCCUGUGAGCAAAUCUGCAGCGCCCGGUAUAAAGGGCACAAUGGCGAUCCUGAACUGCUUGCUGGCUAGGCAGCUAUGUUUCGAAGACGCCUCCUGCUCCGCUAUCCUUGAGAUCAUCCCGCGCGUCUGUGGCUCUGAACUUGUGGCUUGCUCAACGGUGACUGUAACCAAGUGCCAGGCGGCCCUGCGAACCCUUCAAGCGUUUCCGUUCUUCAAGCCAACCUGUCUCUGUCGCGAACCCAACGUCGAUCCUGAAUGCAACUCCUUCCGCGAUUUCCUGUUUGAUCAUCCCUGCGUUUUCGUCAUGAAGAAGGAGAAAGACCCGUACCCGGUAGAGACCCUGCCAACCUGCACCUAUGCUCUGAGCGUCUGCCACAGCGAGAAAGCCUGCGCGGUCCUCUUCGAACGCUACAAGAACGCAUGCAAGGCUCGCGAUGGGGAAUGCCGUAUGGAGGACAGAGAGGCUUGCCGCGAAGCCUGGGCCGGUCUACGUCUCUCACCACUCUUCGGAUGCAUUUGCCCCAACACGCACAUGAAGAAACGUUGCGAUCGCAUCUUUACCGUCGUCAACCACAACCCCUGCGUCGCAACGUGGGAGUCGUGCCCGGUGUGGGUGCGCGCGCUGUUCGAGGUGCCGCAGAGGGAGAACAGCGCUCCACGUGCGCCGCCACUCACGCGCUACGCUGCGCCCGACGGUACGCUCCUGCUGCUCACCGAGAACGGCACUCGGCUGAUGACGCGCGCCGCCGCCGCCAGUCUCCUGCGCGCCGUCCUCCUCUCCCCGCGCCCCCCUCGGCCCCGCCAUGUAAAGCUGAUGUCCGACGGAAGGAACGCGAAUCGGAACGCCACCGGCGUGACGUCAUGGAUUGGCGGUAUGUCCAUAACACAGGACGGGAACCUGAUCGCACCGGACAAAAUAAUGACGCAUGUACAUCGAUACGCGAGUCCUCACUACAACCCCCAUGGACAUCAUUAUCAUCGGUGGAACCAUGAACCAGGGGGGAGUGAAGACCCCCUGUACGCGACCAAGACCGUCUACGGAGCCGGAUACAUUGAUGAAAAUCAGAGGAUUGGCAAAGAGAACGGUAAAUCAGGUGACGAGAAGGUGGCUCUUCAAUCCACAUGCCACGUGGCCUUGGAAUCCUGCAUCAAGGACAAGGAAUGCGACUUCUCGCUGACUCCCGUGCUGCAGAAAUGUCAUACUACCGACUGCGACAGAGAAGGGUGCAUGGAAGCGCUGAGAGGGUUCUACAGGAAAUCUGGUGUCCAUUGGAAUACUGAGAUCGCUUUUUGUCUUUGCAAGAAAACCGACAACCGGGAGGACUCCUGCAUGAACGCACAGGAGCGUCUCCACCCUGCGUGUGCCCAGCGUCCACCGGUCGGCUCCCCACUCCCCGCCUGCCACACUCUCGCUCAUGCCUGCCGUGAAAAUCCUGAAUGCCGAGUACGAUUGGAAAACUAUGAGCAAUGGUGCGCUGUUGACGCCGUGACCCAAGGAUGUGCUGGAUCUCCAGCUGCCUGCAGAGCUGCUGUUGUUGCUGUACUGGGAACUCAACUGAGGGCUGCUUGUGCUUGCCGUGGAACUGACUUUGCGCAGCUGUAUGAUUGCCUUGGUUGGCAAAGAUUGCUGUGGUUGAACCCUUGUGUGGUGGAUGCCCAAAGCGACUAUCAUGUCAAGACCUACGGUUCUCUUUUGACCACGACUGGGUACGACAACGGUAUCAGGCUAAUCACGUCUCCACCUGAAUUGGCCAUCAACCAUCGUACAACUACUCAUCAUCGCCAUAGCACUCAGCAUAUUAGGCCCCCGAAGUUGGAAACCAUCGAGGAAAUCCCGGACGAAUCCUACCCGAUCACUACUAUGUCAGAGCAAACAGUCCUGCCGAACGAAGUGGCUCAAAUGUCAAAACCAAUCGCCGAAACAACUACAGAAACGACCACUACGGCUCUCACAACUACUACGACUACGACGACAACUACUACAACUACCACAACGACGACUACGCCCGCGCCGACAACUACUUUGGAGCCCGCGAAAUAUUGCAUCGUUAAGAAACCGGAGAGUGAUGAUGAGGCCCAGUAUAUUAAAAUGGGAGAAACUAGACGAUUAUACCGCUCAGCAGAAUUGGCAGAAUGCACGGACCUUUGCAUCUGUGAAGCCUCACUCCAAGUUUCAUGCAAAGUUGCAUGUGUACCCCGUGCCCCAUGCUCGUCCCGUCUGGCCCAUUAUUCCCAUUCGGCCCCUGCGUAUCAAGCUUAUAGAGGACGAUGUUACUGUUAUUCAGGGUCUUUUAUUUGCAUGAGACCUAAUCCAAACGAAUACAAGCUUCCCGAAGGCGUGUACCUGCUUCUAGGCUUCAGCUCAGUGGACGAAUCGCUGCUGCGCCCGCACACAGGUCUAGGCGCCGAAGAUGCCGUCAGGUUGCUCCAGCAGUACAUGCACUCGGUGCACAGCGAGGGGACGAACUGCACACUGACGCUGUUCAACAUCAGCAACGAAAACGUGAUCAUAUCUGCAAGCGUGCCCCCUCAGGAGCAGGAAGCUCUAAAGGAAGCCGGAGAGCCACUGCUUGAUCGAGAAAAGGAGGAGUGCAUCGACGUGCUCAAAGUGGUAAAAUCCCGCAUCAACUCUCAACACGAAGAUAUCUCCUCUCACCUUCUGCUGUCCAUCUUUAAGAUCGCAGAAGUUGACGUCAUAUACCCCACACCACCCAGUUCCGCCUAUUCCAUCAAACCAAGCAAGAACAUUUACAUCAUCAUUGUGUUCUUAACUAUACUCUACCACCUCAAAAAUUUCAUUAACAUUGCCAUUAUUAAAAUGGUCAAUUUGAUAUCGGAUUUAUUCGAUAAUAAUCGUAAAACGGCAUGUUCGAAUUCUAUAUCAUGUUUUGAAAACGUUCCUUUCGUAAAGAAAUAUUUUGUAAACAACAAUUUUGUAUCUAUUUUGAAGAGUUACGAUGAAUUUAUUCAUAGUGUAGACGUUGUAAUCACUGCGCACGCAUUUGCUUUAGAUGACGCACAAAAGAACACUGAUCAAUUAAAAAUAAGGGAUAUAGGUGUAAAUAUUUAUAAGGAAACUAAGCAUAUCAUAAAAGCUGUGAGUACUACAAUAUUUACUUAUUUAAAUGAACUUGUUGCUGACGCAAUUAUACUUAAAUAUUUUUCUAGAGAUGUGUAUUAUGAAUGUACUAAUUCGAAGCUUUUUGGUGAAUUCUUUUUUGAAAAAAAAAUGCGUCCUCUUCUUAUGGGAUUGCAAAAUCCACUAGCUUAGGACUGACUCUAGUAGUAGUUUGAAGACUGAGAUGAACUAACAUAUCAUAGUUAAACGUGUUUCGUUUUAUUUUCGACUUAGUACUGGUGCUUGUAGGUCGAUCUUA